AUGAACAGGUCGCGGUAUACAGUGCGGUAUUACAAUAUGAACAGGUCGCGGUAUAUACAAGGCGGUACUAGAGUCUAUCAGGACGCGGAGACCGGAUCGGUCUUACGGGUCACGGUAUACGUACAACGGUUUUACAAUAUAGCGGGUCGCGGUAUAUGUACAAAGCGGUAUUACAAUCUAACAGGUCGCGGUAUUUAUACGGAAAGAUACACGGAGACCAAAGUGGUCUUACGGUGGAAACGGUCGCGGGGUAGUCAAACGGCCGUCCAGGUCGAACAGUGCGCGGAGCGCGGACGGUCCGGCAACACCUCGUGGUCGGCCUACCUGACAGUGAGUUCCGGCGCCAGCUUUCACCGUACGCCCGACAUGUCGGCGCUGCCGCAGAAUCCGAGCAAGCCGCGAAUAGUUAACGCCACCAGUAACUCGGUCACCCUGACGUGGAGCCCGGGCCACGAGGGCCAGAGCAAGAUCGUCGGCUACAAUAUCGAGUACUAUAGCAGCAACCUGAACACCGGCUGGGUGGUGGCAGCCACGGGUGUCCUCGACGACAUCUAUACCGUGACAGAUUUAAGGCCGGAGACCAAUUACGUUUUCCUAGUACGGGCAGAAAAUAGCCACGGGCUCUCGCUGCCCGGACCAUUGUCAGACGUAGUGCAAACUACUAACGUAAAUCAGCAUACGGUACCACAAGUGGAACUGACUCGCGCCAGAGAUCGGUUGAACAGCGAGAUUUUACAUCUCAAAGAGGUGCAACCGUUGACUAGUACCAGCGUCAAGAUUAUGUGGGACAUUCUCGGCGCGGCGGAUUUAGUGGAGGGUCUUUAUAUACGGUAUCGCGAGGUUUCCGAGAAACCAGAGUAUCAGAUGGUCACGGUACUCAACGCCGGCGCCACCAGUUACGUGCUUACCAACUUAAAAAAGUAUACGCGAUACGAGUUCUUCCUGGUUCCCUUUUACAAGAUAAUCGAGGGUCGACCGAGCAAUGUAAAGCUGGUCACUACUCUGGAAGACAUACCUUCGGGCGCUCCCGAGAACGUUCACGUAGGGAUGAUAAAUAUGACCUCGGCGUUCGUUCGGUGGUCACCGCCGCCGAAGAAUACUCAAAACGGUCAAUUGAUUGGUUACAAGAUUCAGAUCAAGAGCAACAGCAGUAACAAAAUCUUGGGUCAAAUGUCCCUGAAUGCGUCAACCACAUCGGUGAUCAUCAACAGUCUGACUACUGGCGGUUUGUAUACGGCACGCGUCGCUGGACAAACUCGCGUCGGGCUCGGUCCCUUCUCCAGUCCGACACUGUUGAACAUGGAUCCGGGACAACUAACGCAAUUACCGCCGCGAACCGAUCCCAGUCACGGGGGUGUGUCCGUCGUCAGAGAAACGUGGUUUCUUGUGCUCAUGAUAACGAUGAUAUUCGUCGGUAUCGUCGUGUUGCUAGCUGUGUUAUACGUGAGACGCAGGCAAGCGAUGAGCAAGCAACUGGGUCACUUAAACGUGCCUGUGGGUACCGCAAACGAUAUCUGUCAAUUAAACAAGGACACGCUCUGGUUGGAGCGCGGUUGGCGGCCUACCAAUACUCUCCAAGCCGCCAACGACAAGGAUUGCGAGACCAAGUUGCUCAACAAUCAGCAUAUGCUGGCAGCCGGUAUAAUGGGCAUGACCGGCUCGGAGUACGCUGAAGUGAAUCUAACAACGUUUUAUAACACACGCAAGCAAAUGCAGGCACCGCCACCGGAGCCGUAUGCUACCACGACUCUGUGCGUGGGCAGUCGUAAUUCGGAUUCAAUCGAAACCAGCUGUCAGAAGUCGAACUCCAGCGACUCGUGCCUAAAACCCGAUUAUUCGAGUCUGGACUCGAAUCAGGAGCCCAACAAAUCCACGGUGUCGCCGAGUAGCGAUAACAUGAGUGGCGGCGACGCUACCUACGCGGACGAGAACCUAGAUAUACAAAGGAGGCAGUACAGAAUAGCAGGACCAACGAGCAGCGACGCGCCUCAAACCGGUAUGCCAAUGCCUAACUGGUGCGACAUGUUACCGCCACCACCUGAGCAUCCGCCCCCGCUCAGCGCGUCGAUGGGCGCCGGCCGGAUGCAACAACAACAGCACCAAUUACAGCAUCCGCAUCAACAGCAACAACAGCAAGUGCCGUUCAGUCCGCAUCUCGGCAAGAGAAGCGUUCAAAACGACCUGGAUCAUUGCGGCGGCUCCGGCGCCGGCUCGGGCAAUCUGCAGAGUCCACCCACUCCGCCCAUCAGAGUGACCAACAGCUUCAGUCCGUCACCGACACCGUGGAACGGUGGUGGGCAGAGUCAGCAGCAUUCGGAACCCGGCGUUCUCCCGGUGCCCGGCAAUUUACAAGUGUCGCAGGGUAGAUACACUACGCUACCGCCGCAAACUAAUCCGCCGCCGUUGCCCUCGUUCCCGCAGACUUUCAAUCAUUACGACUACAAGAAUCAAGAGAACGAAUACGAGAGCGGCUCCGUCAUUUACGGCCAUCACCACCAGAACGGUCUAUCGGACGAUUACGGCAUCCGCGAAUCCGGGUUUGCGCGCUCUUGCAAUCAACAACAGUCGCAUUUGACACCGUCGUCCGUGAGCGAGGAGCUUUAUCGACACAGGGAUGACAUGUUUCACAACGACAAAAAAUUAAAAAAUUACAUACAGAGCGGAACAUCGACACCUCGGCUAUCGGAGGUCGAGAUCAUCACGCGGCGCAAGACUCGCCCGACGCCGCUACAUCCUACCUCCGCUAAACGGAGAAAGAUUGGCGCUCAGUCGCCUCCAUCAUCCGGCGCUCGGUCGCCCAGGACACGCGGCGCUCAGUCGUCUCCAGCAUCCGGCGCUCAGCCGCUGCAGACUCUCGACGUUAGUCGCCUCAUCCUCGGCGCCAGUCCGCCACCAACCAAGGUCGGACAACCGGCUCCAAGAGCCCCGCUAUCGCAAUCUCUUCAAGAUCGCGUCCCGUACAGCUCCGGGAAAAAGAAGAAGGACACCAAGGCACGGCUGCAAUCGCUGUUUGGCGCUAGCCCGCCGGCAACCAGCGCUAGCCCGCCGGCAACCAGUGCUAGCCCGCCAAAGGACAUCCUCGGGCAUCCCGGUUCGGACAUUACCAGAAACCAAUCACUCCGGACAUCGGACGAGAAAGGAACGUCGGACUUUACUCUCACCACGCCUCGAGUACAGAGCGGAACAUCGACACCUCGGCCAUCGGAGGUCGAGAUCAUCACGCGGCGCAAGACCCGUCCGAUGCCGCUACAUCUUACCUCCACUAAACGGAGAAAGAUUGGCGCUCAGUCGCCUCCAUCAUCCGGCGCUCGGUCGCCCAGGACACGCGGCGCUCAGUCGUCUCCAGCAUCCGGCGCUCAGCCGCUGCAGACUCUCGACGUUAGUCGCCUCAUCCUCGGCGCCAGUCCGCCACCAACCAAG